AUGCAGCGGGACGGCAGCCAGGCUGCGGGUCAGUGGCUGAACUUGCGCCCCUCCCCGUCGCGCGCGCCCCGCUGCCAGGGAGUGCGGAGGUCGUCGGGGGUGGGCGCGCUCCGGUGCAGCCAGCCACGCGGCUCGGGUGCCCACGCCUGGCGGGCCCAGGCCCUGGAACGUGACCCAGCCUGCGCCCCGCCCGGUCCACUCCCCGCGCGUCCCGGGGCACAGGUGACCGUCCGGACUUCCCGCCGCCUGGCUGCGGUGCUGUCCGCGGCGGCCAGUGCCGAAGCGGGUGCGGCCCGGGCUCCGGAGCUGGCCUGCUUUCCGGGCCGCCACACAGGGUCCCAGGCGCUGCUUGGGGCACACGGGCGCGCGCAGUCAGUGGAUGACCCCAGUUGCGUCGUGGGGCCCUUGGCCGGGCUCCAGCUCUGGCUCAGCGAACCUGUGCUCACCUGUCCCACUGUCCUUUAUAUCAGUUGGAUGAAUGUGGGGCUGGAGGAGCAUGAAGGCCCAGCCUCCUGGAGCCUCAAAUGCCAGGCCAGGGGACCUGGACUUCAUGCCGAAGUCAAGGGAGCGCUAGAGGGAUGCACCACCUCCUCUGUGUGGCUACUGUUUGUGCCCCAGAAAAGUGACCACCAGCUCCGGUUUCCAGAGUUUGCUGUCACUUAUGAGACGGGUGGCCUGCCCCCAGGAUGCUCUGUGAUCCGCACACACUGCCAGGACCCCGCAUCUCUGCCCAUGCAGCACAUCGUGCUGGCCAACCGGGGUGACCCAAAGGAGCAGGACACAGAGGAGCCAAAGAGGUACGUUUAUGAGGCGGAUGAGGACAAGCAACGCUACAUCCGUGAGCUGCGGGCCUACCAGAGCUCCCAGGCGUGCCAAGCCUUCUUGCAGAGACAAGCAGCGCACGAGGCACGCACACUGUUGGUCAAGGAAUUUGAGCUCAGAGAGCUGAGGAAGACUCUAGAAAGAGCCCGAGUGGAGCAGGAGGCCCUGCAGAGGCAGCUGGUAGAGUUCCAGGACCAGCAGCAGAGGCUGGAGGUAGAGCUGGUGGGCCUGAAGACCUACGGGAUCGUCCUGGAGAAGGAGUUUGAGAACCUGAACAUGGUGCUGAUGUUGUCCCACUUCGGCCUGCAGGUGAUGGACACGGAAACAGGCUUGGUGGAUUUGAAUUCCAGCUCCAACACCGUGAGCUGUGUGGCCUCGAGCACGGGUCCUACCUUUCUGGACCUGUGUUUCCUCAUCUGUGAAAUGGGGAUGGACUCCGGUGCCCCCCCUGCCUGCCCCUCUGGCCCACAGCCUCCACCACCCCUGCAGCCCCAGGCCCGCUCAAGGCUCAAUGCCACUGCCUCAAUGGAACAGGACAAGAGUGAGGCGCCCCGAGCUCCUGGACCAGAUGUGGGAGACACAGCUGCCCCAGCUGUGGCCCAGGCCCCGAGUGCUCGGAGCCGAGAAAGAGCAGAUCAAACAGGGCCCAUGGAGGGAGACGUGGAGGUGCCCUUUGAAGAAGUCCUGGAGAAGGCCAAGGCGGGGGACCCCAAGGCACAGACGGAGGUGGGGAAACGCUACCUGCAGCUCGCCGGCACCGUGGACGAGGAACUGAACAGCUGCACGGCGGUGGGCUGGCUGAUCCUUGCCGCGAAGCAGGGCCGGCGCGAGGCUGUCAAGCUGCUUCGCCGGUGCCUGGCGGACAGGAAAGGCAUCACUUCUGAGAACGAGCAAGAGGUGAAGCAGCUCUCCUCUGAGACGGACCUGGAGCGGGCUGUGCGCAAGGCUGCCCUGGUCAUGUACUGGAAGCUCAACCCCAAGAAGAAGAAGCAGGUGGCCAUGUCAGAGCUGCUCGAGAACGUUGGUCAGGUCAAUGAGCACGAUGGAGGGACACAGCCAGGCCCGGUCCCCAAGUCCCUACAGAAGCAGAGGCGUGUACUGGAACGCUUGGUUAGCAGCGAAUCUAAGAGCUACAUAGCACUGGACGACUUCGUGGAGAUCACCAAGAAGUAUGCCAAGGGCAUCAUUCCCGCCAACCUGUUCCUGCAGGACGAUGAUGACGAUGAGCUGGCAGGCAAGAGCCCUGAGGACCUGCCCCUGCGCCUGAGGGUGGUCAAGUACCCCUUGCAUGCCAUCAUGGAAAUCAAAGAGUACCUAAUCGACGUGGCCUCCCGGGCGGGCAUGCACUGGCUGUCCACCAUCGUCCCCACCCACCACAUCAACGCCCUCCUCUUCUUCUUCAUCAUCAGCAACCUGACCAUCGACUUCUUCGCCUUCUUCGUCCCCCUGGUCGUCUUCUACCUGUCGUUUGUCUCCAUGGUGAUCUGCACCCUCAAGGUCUUCCAAGACAGCAGGGCCUGGGAGAGCUUCCGCACCCUCACGGGCCUGCUCCUGCGCUUCGAGCCCAACCUGGACGUGGAGCAGGCUGAGGUGAACUUCGGCUGGAACCACCUGGAGCCCUACCUCCACUUCCUGCUGUCCGUCGUCUUUGUCAUCUUCUCCUUCCCCAUCGCAAGCAAGGACUGCAUCCCCUGCUCUGAGCUGGCCGUCGUGUCCAUCUUCUUCACCGCCACCAGCUACGCGAGCCUGAGCACCUCCGCUGAGCCCUACACCAGGAGGGCCCUGGUCACCGAGGUGGCCGCCGGCCUGCUCUCCCUGCUGCCCACCCUGCCCUUCGACUGGCACCACCUGAAGCUCCUGGGCCAGACCUUCUUCACCGUGCCCGUGGGCCACCUCGUCGUCCUGAAUGUCAGCCUGCCCUGCCUGCUCUACGUCUACCUGCUCUACCUCUUCUUCCGCAUGGCGCAGCUGAGGAACUUCAAGGGCACCUACUGCUACCUGGUGCCCUACCUGGUCUGCUUCAUGUGGUGCGAGCUGUCUGUGGUCAUCCUGCUCGAGUCCACCGGCCUCGGGCUGGUCCGCGCCUCCAUGGGCUACUGCCUCUUCCUGUUCGCCCUCCCAAUCCUGGUGGCGGGCCUGGCGCUGAUGGGCGUGGUGCACUUUGCCCGCUGGUUCCUGACCCUGGAGCUCACCAAGAUCGUCGUCACCGUGGUGGUGUGCAGCAUCCCCCUGCUGUUCCGCUGCUGGACCAAGGCCAGCUUCUCGGUGGUGGAGAUGGUCAAGUCCCUGACGCGCAGCUCUGUCGUCAAGCUCAUCCUGGUGUGGCUCACGGCCAUCGUGCUCUUCUGCUGGUUCUACGUGUACCGGUCGGAGGGCAUGAAGGUCUACAACUCCACGCUGACCUGGCAGCAGUACGGCUUCCUGUGCGGGCCCCGGGCCUGGAAGGAGACCAACAUGGCCCGCACGCAGAUCCUGUGCAGCCACCUGGAGGGCCACCGGGUCACGUGGACGGGCCGCUUCAAGUACGUGCGGGUGACGGAGAUCGACAACAGCGCCGAGUCGGCCAUCAACAUGCUGCCGUUCUUCAUCGGCGACUGGAUGCGCUGCCUGUACGGCGAGGCCUACCCGGCCUGCAGCCCCGGCAACGCCUCCACGGCCGAGGAGGAGCUCUGCCGCCUCAAGCGCCUGGCCAAGCACCCCUGCCACAUCAGGAAGUUCGACCGCUACAAGUUCGAGAUCACAGUGGGCAUGCCGUACAGCGGCGCCAACGGCUCCCGCAGCCCCGAGGACGACGACGUCACCAAGGACAUCGUGCUGCGGGCCAGCGGCGAGUUCAAGGACGUGCUGCUCAGCCUGCGCCAGGGCAGCCUCAUCGAGUUCAGCACCGUCCUCGAGGGCCGCCUGGGCAGCAAGUGGCCCGUCUUCGAGCUCAAGGCCAUCAGCUGCCUCAACUGCAUGGCCCGGCUGUCACCGGCCCAGCGGCACGUGAAGAUCGAGCACGACUGGCGCAGCACCGUCCACGGCGCCAUCAAGUUCGCCUUCGACUUCUUCUUCUUCCCGUUCCUGUCGGCGGUGUGAGGCUGCGUGCGCCGUCAGGACCCGCCCCCGUGUGGCCCGCCGGCCAGCCGGCACAGCGCUGACGCCGCGUGCGUGCGCGUGCGUGCGUGCGCGUGCGUACUCCGGAGACCCCGGGCACGUGCAGCCAGCCCCCCUCACGCCCCCCCCGCCCCCCGCCGGGAGCGCCCGCUCUGGGCCCUUGCAGCGCCGGCGCCCUGGGGAGUUGCAUGCAGUGCCGACCCACAGCCACGACCUCGCCCCGAAGAGCCCUUUACGGAAGAGCCCUUUACGGCUGAGCCGCUCCCCGCCGCCACUUCCAAGCCCCCCCCCCUCCCCCGGGCCUGUUCCCCUUUGUGUUGGAUUUGUUUUUAAAGAAUCACGUGUGCCGCUGUGUGAAGUCCCUGAGAGCAUUUCUUAUUUAUUUGGUCACUGCUGAGCCUGGACGCCGUUUGCCGAUCUGGGGCCGAGGCAGGCCCGGGAGCCCGUCAGCCCCGAUUCCGGCGGAUUCCUGCGGAUUGCGGCGGCGCGCCGAGGCUGGCGGGGGCGGUGGCUCCGGGCAGAGUGCGCUCUGGCGGGGCUCUGGGUCCCACGGCCCGCCUUGCGGCUCUCCUGUCGGGUGGGUGUGGGCGAGCUGACGAGGGUCUUGCUGCAUCCACCGGAACCAGGAAUUGGGAAGAUUCUGGAGUGUCCCUUUGUGGCGCCCAGAAGAGCUUGGCCACGUUCAGUACUGGAAAGCAGAAAGUGAAGGUCCUCAA